AUGAAGACUGUUCUCAGCAAUGAGACUGUCAGCAUUCCAGAAAGUGUUGACAUCACUCUGAAGGGGUGCACUGUUACCGUGAAGGACCCCAGAGGAACACUGUGGAGGACUUUCAGUCACAUCAAUGUAGAACUCGUAGUCCUUGAAAAGAUAAAGGAGAGGUUCUGAACUGAUAAAUGGCAGAGAAAUGGAAAGGAACUGGCUACCGCCCAUGUUAUCUGCAGUCAUAUACAGAACAUGCUUGGGGGCGUUACACCGGGCUUCUGUUACAAGAUGAGGUCUGUAUACACUCAUUUCUCCAUCAAUGUUGUUAUUCAAGAGAAUGGUUCUCUUAUUGAAAUUCAAAAUUUCUUGGGCAAAAAAUACACCCAUGGGGUUCGGAUGAGGCCUGGCAUUACUUUUUUAGUAUCUCAAUCCCAGAAAGGUGAGUUAAUUCUUGAAGGAAAUGACAUUGAACUUGUAUCAAAUUCAGCUGCUUUGAUUCUGCAGGCCACAAGAGUUAAAAACAAGGAUAUCAGGAGGUUUUUGGAUGGUAUAUCUGUUUCUGCAAAGGGAACAGUUCAGCAGGCUGAUGAAUGA